AUGCCUCCCAUAUUCACACCCCGACUGCGAAAGCAUAAAGUGCUUGCGAGAAAUAAGACCAACGAUUCUGAGAACCCCAUUGAUUCUAAUGCGACAGAAAUCAUUCCCUCCUCGAAAUCCGCACACGAAGAAAAGAAGCAGAAAUUAAAAAAGGAAUUAGCUGGAGAAACUAAGAUCAGUGGAAAGAAAGCAAAGAGGUUAGAGAAAUACAUUGAGACGAAGUUGAGGAAGGAUGAGAAUAGGAUAUUGAUUGAGAAAUUAUCGAAGAGCAAAGAGGAGGGAGGAUUAUAUGAGAGCAGUAAGAAAUUGGGUCAGGGCGCAUUGACGAGGAGAGAAAGAUUGGCGAGAGCGCUGAAGGAAAGGGAGAGGGGAGUUGAUAUUGAUGGAAAUGGAGAGGAGCUACUCUUCGAAAAGAGGACGGUUAGAGAGAUGGAGAGUGAGAGUGAGAGUAGCGAAGAGGAAGACGACGAAAUCAAACAUAAGAAAGAAGGCGGGCUUCUCCAAGGUAAUACGACAGCGACCACGCCGGCUUCGACCCCAGCUUCAAAGACACCCGCGCAAACACUACAAUUUGGAGCAGGCACAGGUUUGAAGAGACCACUUGAGGUGGACGAUGACGGAAAGCCAGUGAUACAAAAGCGACAAAGGCGAGGAGGUGUUCAAUCGAAAAUAUCAUUGAAGCCGCAAGCCCCCGCCACAGAAUCAGCCUGGGACGGAUUUUCUUCAGGUUCAGAAGUCGAAGAUAGUGAUGAUGAGAUGAAGACAGAUGAAGAUUCCAACGAUUCGAGUACACCGGAUGAGACGAGCGACCCAAAAAAAGCCGAGUUACUGAAACGUCUUACGGGUAUUUUCGCCGAAAGUAAGGAGGGAGCUCUCAAAUCAAUGGUUGGGGACGAGUCAGAAGACAGCAGUGAGGAAGAACCAUCAGACGAAGACAGCAAUGAAGACAGCGAUGAGGCAAGCGAUGAGGCAAGCGACCCAGAACAUGCCCAAUUACUAAAGACUGUCAUGUCCCUUUUCGGAGAAAGUAAGGAGGAGGCUCUUCAAUCGAAGCUUGGAAAUGACAUCGAAGAAGGGUCGUCAGAUGACAGCGAUGAAGAAGAUAGCGAAGAGAGUAGUGAGGGAGACGAAGACGAUAAGACCUCAAAAAAACAGGAACGCUCAUCUGCAUUCAAAGCAUGGGCAACUCAACAAGUAAAUGAAGCUUAUGGCUAUGAGCCAACGACAAAUAUUCCAAAUGCGACAGAAACACCAAAAAUAGAAGGCUUCGAACCUCGACCUAUGGAGCAAGAUCCUUUACCAAUGGAACUACAACCUACUACCAAUCUAUCACGGAAGGCGUUUAGUGUUUCUGUAGAAAGGCCUUCACAUAUCCAAGAUGUCAGACUUAAACUUCCAGUCGUAGCUGAAGAACAAAAGAUCAUGGAAGCAAUUCAUAAUAACAAUCUAGUGGUUGUGUAUGGUGCUACUGGUUCUGGAAAAACUACUCAAGUACCUCAAUUUUUAUACGAAGCUGGGUAUGGUGCUAAAGACUCACCCAACCCCGGAAUGAUUGGUGUUACACAACCUCGAAGAGUUGCAGCUGUUAGUAUGGCAAAACGUGUAGGGGAUGAGCUCGCUGAUCAUGGUAAGCGGGUUGCCUACCAGAUUCGAUUCGAGGGAACAGUAAGUUCAGACACUGCUAUCAAAUUUAUGACGGACGGUGUACUCUUGAGAGAAGUAGCACAGGAUAUUGCUCUGCGAAAGUACUCCGCCGUCGUUAUUGAUGAAGCUCACGAGAGAAGCGUGAACACCGAUAUCUUAAUCGGCAUGCUGAGUCGAGUGGUGAGACUGAGAGAGGAAAUGGCUUUAGAAGACUCGUCUGUCAAACCAUUGAAACUUAUCAUCAUGUCUGCUACUCUGCGAAUCACAGAUUUCACGGAGAACAAAACAUUAUUUUCUACUCCACCACCGGUACUACAAGCAGAGGGUAGACAAUAUCCAGUCACUUCUCAUUUUGCACGAAAGACACACCAUGAUUAUGUUGAAGAAGCAUUCAGAAAGAUUAGCAAAGGUCAUCGCAAACUUCCACCUGGAGGAAUCUUGGUAUUCUUGACUGGUCAGAAUGAAAUCACACAUCUCAGCAAGAAAUUAAAAGAAGCAUUUAAUAUAGGCUCUACCACAACAGGACCACAAGUUCGCAUAUCAGGGAAAGAUGCACCUAUCGAAGCCGAAGAUAUUGAAUUCGGUGAAACUAUGGACACGGCCACUGAUGAUUAUGUCGAUGAUGAUGACGAAGUUACGUUUAAUGAUGAUGAAGAUUUUGAUAUCGGAGAAGAAGCGGAUACUGGACCUUCAAAGAUGCACAUAUUACCCUUAUAUUCAUUGCUAUCCACGAAAGAACAAUUGAGAGUUUUUGAGCCUCCGCCCGAUGGUUCACGUUUGAUUGUACUGGCUACCAAUGUUGCCGAAACGUCUCUCACGAUACCCGGCAUUCAAUAUGUGUUCGAUUGUGGCAGAUCAAAAGAACGUAAAUACGACAAGACGACUGGUGUACAAAGUUUCGAAGUCGGAUGGAUAAGUAAAGCCAGUGCAAGCCAACGUGCAGGUCGUGCUGGACGUACUGGCCCUGGACAUUGUUAUCGAUUGUAUUCAUCCGCCGUUUAUGAGCGAGAUUUUGAGGAGUUUGCAGAGCCAGAGAUAUUACGAAUGCCCAUCGAAGGUGUGGUAUUACAACUUAAAUCAAUGAAUCUGCAACACGUCGUCAAUUUCCCAUUCCCGACUCCACCAGAUCGACAAAGUCUUGCGAGUUCCGAGAAACUUCUUACGUACCUCUCGGCACUUUCGCCAUCUGGUCAAAUCACCCCAACUGGUUCCACCAUGUCUAUUUUCCCACUUUCACCACGAUUUGCUCGUAUACUUUUGGUCGGUCAUUUACACGAUUGUCUCCCAUAUACCAUCGCCCUUGUAGCAGGCCUCUCCGCUGCCGAUAUUUUCAUCCCUGAAAACCAAGUCAUUCCCGCUCUUACUCCACGCGAAGAUGAAGAGGCCUACCUUACCACUGCUGAGAAGAUCGAGCAAGACGCCCGCGCCAAUCUCCGCCGUCAAUUCAACAAAGUUCACCAAUCGUUUUGUUUCCUUGACGAUAGAUCCGAUGCCAUUAAGCUCCUUCAAGCCGUCGGAGAAUUUGCCCACGCACCUACAGAGUCCUGGUGUGCAUCCCACUAUGUGCGCUAUAAGACCCUCAAGGAAAUCUUGCAAUUGCGUCGUCAAAUCACGGAUCUCUUGCGUAGCAAUAUUCCGGCAUUUGCAGCAUUGAAAUACGAAGAGAAAUUGGCGCCGCCAUCUGCUUUACAAGUUAAAGCCCUCAAACAAAUGGUUGCGGCAGGAUUCAUCGAUCAUGUAGCCAUCCGAGCGGAUCUAUCCCCAACACAACCCGAGGCAUACAGAAAACCGAAGAGAGCAAUCGAUGUCCCUUACCUGACGCUCUUCCCCUCUCAUCUCCGCACAUCCAACAAAAACGACGACGAAGAACAAGAACAAGAUAAGGCAGUAUAUAUCCACCCCGCCUCUCCUCUCUCUCGCCUUUCUCCACAUGAAUGUCCCGAAUACAUCAUCUACUCCUAUUUACAGAAACCGGCUGAAGAUGUUAAUGCGGAUGGAUCGAGAAAGAGACAGAAAACUAGAAUGCAUAGUUUGACUGAUAUUAGCGGGGGGCAAUUGGCGGGAUUGGCGAAGGGAACUAGUUUGUUGGACUAUGGGAAGCCAAUUAAGGAGGUGCUUGUUAAGGAAAAGAAGGCGGGAAAGAAUGGCAAGGAAGGAGAGGAUGGAGAAAUGAGAGAGUGUUGGGUGGUGCCUUAUUUGAGGGCGGAAGGGUCAGGUGGUUUAGGAUGGCCGUUACCGGCUAGGAAAGUAGUGCAGAAGAAGGUUAGAGGAAAGGGAUGGGUUGUUGAGUAG